AUGAAGCUCGUCAUCGCCGUUCCAGCAAUUGCAGCCCUUGUGCUGAGGGCGUGGAGCAAGAAGUCUCUGACCCCAGCAGGUCUGGUAGCUGCCACAGCCACAGCCAUUGCGCACGCCUAUCACCCGUGGAAUCUUCCCUUUGUCCUCCUCGUUGUCUUCUUCUUGGCGGGCACACGAGUCACACAUGUCAAGGAGAAUGUCAAGGCCACGCUCACAAUGAGUGCAAAGGGAUCCUCGGGCGGCGAGGGUCCUCGAACGCAUAUCCAAGUCUUCGCCAACUCACUCGUGGCAUCCAUCUUGUCUGUGCUCCACGCAAACCAGCUCCACGCUCGAGCUGCUGCCCUCAAAACCCCAGGUGUUCCGGAUCCUAAUGGGUCGAUGUGUUACGCUUGGGGAGGCGAUCUCUUCAUCGUCGGCAUCAUUGCCAACUAUGCUGCGGUUGCUGCGGACACGUUCAGUUCGGAGCUGGGCAUCUUGUCCAAAAGCGAGCCCCGCCUUAUCACGUCGCUUACGCUGCGAAAGGUGCCCCGCGGCACAAAUGGCGGGGUGACGCUGUUGGGCUUGGGGGCUGGCCUUCUGGGAUCCCUUACCAUUGUCACGUCUUCUAUGCUGUUCCUGCCAAUGUGCGACGAAUCCACGGUUUCGAAGCGCGGAGGUGGUGCCCCCUGGUCGGCAGACAACAGACGGCUAUUUAUGGGCUUCCUGAUCCUGUGGGGUACCCUGGGUAGCGUCUUGGACAGUUUUCUUGGUGCCAUCUUUCAACGGUCUGUAAAGGACGUGCGAACCGGAAAGAUUGUCGAAGGUGAUGGCGGCUCUCGAGUGUUGGUGUCCAGCGAAGCCGGGGGCUCUGAGAAGCGGACUGAUAUUAAGGCUUCUUUACAACACGGAGAGGGCGCAAGUGAAUCAGCAGUCGACGAGUCUAGUGAAGUUGCCGAUAAGUUCGACCCCAAGAACAAACACCGGAAACCUAGCUUUGGUGAUGAGCAGCCUUCUCGCGUAGUCGAAAAUGGCUGGGACUUGCUUGACAACAAUGAUGUCAACUUUCUCAUGGCUGUGACCAUGAGCGUUAGUGGAAUGGCGGUGGCCAGCUGGUACUGGGGGGUUCCUUGGCAGAGCCUUCUU